AUGGAUCACCAAAACAAAGGCGCCCACACGCCCAACCGGUUCCUAUCGGUGCGCGGCCAGAGGACAACAAGCUCAGCCGCCAGCAGUGCCGAAUCGAGCCCGCACUUUCUGUCUUGGCGACAAGCUACCACGCCCUCUCGGCCCAGCGUGGCUGGCCCUGCAAAGUCGCUGGCCACAGAUCUGUCUGGUGGUGCCCGGCUUCCACAGUACUGGCCGUCGUUUGGUGAUGCAGUGCGUCAGAAGGAAGCUGACGAUGUCGUAUUUGGCAUCCGCAAACGCACGACGGCUGCUCGUGCCACAGUCAUCGAUGGCCGACCAAUGACACUAGUCACGCGGCCGACAUCGCUGGCACGGCGUCUCCUGUCUGAGCCGGGAGCCACGGGCGCCGUCUCGCCAAGCGCGGCUCCCACAACCGAAGCUGCGACCGGCCAGGCGCGGCCAGGGAAACCGACGCGGCUGUCACCCACUGCUCUGGACUGGGCUCCGCGGGCAAACGCCCUCUCGCCGCGGUUGUCGUCCCUUAGCUACGCUGAUGUGGCUAGGAUUGGAGAUCGACGCCCACCGCCCCCGCCGUUUCCCAUCUUGCGGAAGCCCAGAAGUCCUCGUGCGAGUUUGGCGAGCACUGGCACGAUUGUCCGACCAGGUGCCAGCAGCAGCAACACAACCGGCAGCAGCAACGAUAGUGAGAUGGACGACGGCCAUGAUUCAGACAAAGAGAGUAAAACCACUACCCUGGAGAUGGAGGCCACCAAGACUGCUGAAACUACCCAAGCUGAUGAAUUCACUGAGCUCGCUGUGCGUAUCACGACUUCAGACGACUGUGAGACGCGCGAUACGUCUCCGUCAUGCCACGGCUUGGGCAAUGCUCUGGGCGACGGCCUCGGCCUUCUAGGGAAGAGUGCAGACGAGAAUCUUACCAUCGGUACCUCAGACGAUCUUUUAGUGAACCGGCAUGAUGCAAAUGCCGUAUUUAUGAGCGCAGACGGAGGCCGCGGGAGUCGGCCCAAAUGCCCCGUAAAUAUGUCUGCACACAAGGUCACGCCUACUCUCAGGCCUCAUCUGCGCACGCAGCCGUUUCCAACGCAGCAAAAGUAUCUUCAAUACAGGGCCCCGACACACGUACUCGCGAACCACGCACCUGCGCGAGCACGGUGCACGCCUCCCAGAAUCACACCCACACGGCACCGACCGUUGACUAACACGCCAACGAGAAGCGCAGCUGCCACUGCCAGGACGACGCCUAGCAGUCAUGGGCAGCGCGCACCCAACUCGCCAGGUCCGGUCCUAGCCGCGAUGAAGUUUGCGGAACUGCACCAUAAUGCUCAACGAUACGGCUGGGGCGCUUCUCCCUUCUUGCCCAAAACGGACGUCGAGUAUGAACAACUUAUCCAAGAGCUUCGCGACCGCCAAAAGUGCCACCAAGAAGCGAAGAGAUGGCAGGCUGUUGUGAUGCAACAGGAGGCGGACACAGAACAGCAAGGUGCAAUGACGGUGCAAGGGCGUGCAUCUCAGCCCACCCAGCCCAAAUCCGCUAAGCAGUUUCACGGUGGCAGAGACGUUCUCGAAGGACAGGCACGUCUCGGUGCGGCCUCGACCAUGCAGCCUAGUUUCCAACCAACCGAUGGAUCAACCACAGUGCUCGGGGUGCACACAACAUUCUCCGACAGGCUUGUGCCGUAUGAACCAGACAAGGGUCUGUUCUAUUCCGAGUGGCACUUUGCACCGUGGCCCACCACAGAUGAGUUUUGUUGUGCUGGUCGAGUCAGUCCUCACAGGUUUCCAUGGCCGCAUGGCCCGGUACCGUCUGGCACCACGAGUUUGCGCGGCGGAAACCAAGGCAACGGCGGUCAGUACUACGAACCAGAAAUAUACAUCCAAAACAGAUGGGACUGGAUUCCACCUCAUGAGAUUGUCGGUCUAGUCAAUGAGCCGUCAGUCGAGAUUGAGGUUGCCGACGUCAACGGCCAGUUGCAAAACCUAAUCGCCAACAUCGACAAGUUGCUGAUAUAA